GUGUGGGCGUGGCUGGCCUCCGUUCGCGUCCGGUGCAUUUGCCGGAACGCGUGGGCACAUGAUGUGAGUCAUCUAAAAGUUUGCACUACCUGCCGCUUGGGGAGUGGAGAAAAGGCGCGCCUUGGUUGCCAUUGGAGUAUAUAUGAAGUGGUAAGGCCUCUAAUUAUUGAGCCAAUCUUUCCAAUUCCUGUCUUUCAAAUCUUUGAGGUUUCUUCUACUUGCCUGAGGCUCGUUUGCGUCACACUUCAUCCCCACUUGUCGUCGCUUCAACCAUCCUCGCCAUUAACCACUUGGUGUUUGGACGUUCUCUAUAUCAAAAUGUCUUUCCAACCCACCACACUCAAUAUGACAUUCGAUACUUCGCUGGCAUACACUGGCGAUGCCGACCCGGCACUACUCAACCAGUCCUUCGGCUCUUCCACCGAAUCCGACCCCUCCCUUUACAGCCGAUAUCAAACACCAUCCCAAGCAACUGCUACGGCAGAUGACGAUGAUAAUCCCUCCCAAAAAACCGCAAAAGAAGCCAACGACGAAAACCCAACCCUCCCCUCUUCCUCUAUAACCCCCAAGCCCGCCACCUCCUCCACCUUCUCCGACUUCUCCACCACAACCUCCCCAACGCCAGUCACGCACCUCCCCACCCUUGCGACCUACGACGCCUGGGCCCCCGUCUACGACACAGACGGCAACAUGCUCCAAGCCAUCGACGACCUCGAACUCGCCACUCUCCUACCAACCUUCCUGAACUCCGUCACCGCCUCCUUCACCUCCACCUCCUUACCCACAUCCCAGACCCCAGACCCUGAACGCACUCUCCAGAUUCUUGAUCUCGGCUGCGGCACCGGUCGCAACACCCUCAAACUCGCCACUCACCCCUACCCCCCUCACCUCCACAUCUCCAUCACCGGCAUCGACUUCUCCGCCCCAAUGCUCGCCCUCGCGCGCGCCAAGCUCGCCUCUACCCCGCUCUCCCCUGCCAUCGCCUCCACCACGCUCCACCACGCCGACGCCUUCGCCGCCCCCGCGCCAGCCGUCCUGGCCACCCUUCCCCAAUUCGACGCGAUUAUCUCUACCUUGGUCCUUGAGCACGUGCCGCUUGCCGCCUUCUGGCAGCGGGUGGUCUGGCUGCUGAAGCCAGGCGGCGUGGCGCUGGUGACGAAUAUGCACGAGGAGAUGGGGCGGGUGAGCCAGGCGGGGUUUGUGGCGGGGGAUGGGCGGAAAGUUAGGGGGGAGAGCUGGGCGCAUGGGGUCGCGGAGACGGGGGAGGUGGCGCGGGGGUGUGGGCUGGAGGUUUUGGGGGUUUGGGAACGGGCGGUGGAGGAGGGAGAUUUGGAAGGGGGGGUUGGGGAGAGGGGGAGGAAGUGGGUGGGCAGGAGGGUGUGGUUUGGGGUUUUGGUUAGGAAGGGGGAGGUCUGAGGGGUUGAGGAUAGGUUUGGGGUUCGGGAUUUGAAAAGUGAGGAGUCGGGUCUUCGUUACGGCGGUGUUUUCGGAUA